AUUAAAAACUUGCAUUUCUGCAGUGUGAGGUAAUAUUUUGACACCAAUAUGGGAAAGCAAAACAGCAAACUACGCCCUGAAGUCAUGCAAGAUUUGCUAGAAAGUACAGACUUUACAGAACAUGAGAUCCAGGAGUGGUACAAAGGCUUCUUGAGAGACUGUCCAAGUGGACAUUUAUCUAUGGAGGAGUUUAAAAAAAUAUAUGGGAACUUUUUCCCUUAUGGGGACGCUUCUAAGUUUGCAGAACAUGUAUUCCGCACUUUUGAUGCCAAUGGAGACGGAACAAUAGAUUUCAGAGAAUUCAUCAUAGCCUUGAGCGUAACAUCGAGAGGUAAACUGGAGCAAAAGCUGAAGUGGGCAUUCAGCAUGUACGACCUCGAUGGGAACGGCUACAUCAGUAAGUCAGAGAUGCUGGAAAUUGUGCAGGCAAUCUAUAAGAUGGUUUCUUCUGUAAUGAAGAUGCCGGAAGACGAGUCGACACCAGAGAAGAGAACAGAGAAGAUCUUCCGCCAGAUGGACACCAACCGUGAUGGAAAGCUCUCUCUGGAAGAGUUCAUCCGAGGCGCCAAAAGUGAUCCAUCCAUAGUCCGUCUCCUGCAGUGUGAUCCCAGCAGUGCCGGGCAGUUCUGA